AGUUAUUUACAUGGCCGACUGAUCACGUUGUUUUGGUUUCUUUGUCUCGGUUUAAAAAUGGUUGUGUCUUGUUGUGUGGUCGGUUGCACAAGUAGAUUUGACAAAGAAAACCCAAGAAGCUUUUACCGCAUCCCAAAGAAACCAGACAACCGUAGAAAUCGUUGGAUUGGAGCCAUAAAGCGUGUGUUAGCCGAUGGGCGUCAACAAUGGGAGCCUACAGAUUAUGAUCGCGUUUGCCAUCGUCACUUCAUAACAGGAGAGAAAAACAAUGACAAGAAUAGUCCUGACUACAUUCCCUCCAUCAACAUGGGUUACCAGGACACCAAAUUAAGUGGUACAAUCCGCCAUGCCAGACACCAGCGACUGGAGGUCCGAAAAUCUGAAAAGCAGAAGAAGCAAGCCACUUCUGCAUUACUAGAUUUGUCAAACACAGAAAAUCUUAUUGACACACAAGCAGAAGAGUCACAACCCCAUGCUGAGACACACAGUAUUUGUAUAAGGAAAAUAGCUUCCCUACGGAUUGAAAAUCAGCAGCUGUAUGAAGAACUGGGGAGGCUUCAGACUGAGAAUUGUAUUUUGAAAGAAAACCCGAGUCGGCUGAGCUUCGAGGAGCAGACAAUUUCAAGCGACCGUAGAAUUCAGUUCUACACAGGUGUAACAUCAAAAGCGCUGUUUAUGUGGCUGUUGUCAUUUUGCUCUUUGGCAUUGCCUUCGUGUAAAGUUUUAUCACCAACAUGUGUUUUGACGUGCUUAAUUAUGAAACUGAGAUUAAAUCUGCAGCACCAGGACUUGGCAUAUCGAUUUAAUGUGUCUGUCACCACAAUCUCAGAAAUGCUUAAUCAGGGGCUGCCAAAGUUAGCAGAGAAACUUGCCUUUCUUAUUCAGUGGCCAGACAAAGACAGUCUAAAACGCAAUAUGCCAAAUAUUAUUAAAAUAACAUAUCCAAAAUGUGUUAGUAUUAUCGACUGUUUUGAAGUUUUUAUUCAGAGACCUGGACCACUUACAGCAAGGGCCCAAACAUGGUCAAAUUACAAACACAACAAUACCAUUAAAUUUCUUGUGUCUAUAACUCCAACAGGAGCAAUUUCUUAUGUAUCCAGGGCAUUUGGAGGUAGGACAUCUGAUAAAGUUAUUACUCAGAGAAGUGGUUAUUUGGACAAAUUAGAAUAUGGCAAUGAAGUUUUGGCAGAUAGAGGAUUUUUGAUAGCAGAGGACUUGGCAAAUCGUAAUGCGACACUGGUAAUACCAGCCUUCACCAGAGGAAAGUCGCAGCUUAGUGCUCGGGAAGUUGAGCAGACCAGAAAAAUUGCUAAUGUACGCAUACAUGUGGAAAGAGCCAUUGAAAGACUGAAAAACUGGAACAUUCUGAGUAGUAGUAUGAGUAUGCACAUGGUUCCCCAUUCAGACAGCAUAGUCACCAUUUGUUCAGCUCUAUGUAAUUUACAACCAAAACUUGUUUCUUAG